AUGCUCGUGGGCGAUCCCGUCCGUUGUCAUUCUUGUUCGUCGAGCACCUUUUCUGGUGGCACCCUUUCGAAUAGUGUUCGAAGAUUCACCUUCCCCUACCAAUCUACUACGUGUCAAAGCCGGAACGACCCAGACGACGUCAACUCGACGGCGGGCGUUCUACCGUUCCCAAAAGAAAGGGCGUUCCGGUCGUCGUGGCCAACGAAACUGAAGACCCUGCCGCCAAAGGUGAAAAAGAGAAAGACAUUCGCCAAGCGGAACAUUUCCCGGACCUUUCGGAAUCGUCCCAGGCUGUUUGUGCAAGCCGAAGGGCUCGCAGCGGCUGCCGAUGACGCCUCGGACGAUGCCCGGAUCGAUGAGUACGCGUUCGUGUCGCCCACCUAUACGGCAGAGACCGAAUGGGAGAACGAGUUGGAGUCGGAUCUCGAGAGCGCCCCAUCUUCGGCCCGCAGUAGCCUCUGUAAUCUCGAGUCGGUCAUGUCGGCGAGUUCCGCACGCACCUUUUUUGCGUCCAACGUGACUACCCCACUCGGAGGACUUCGCGAAAGCACGAUUGUCGAAGAACCGGAGCAUCCGGAAGGCCCGUCCGAUGAAGAAAGCUUAGUCUACACCUUGCCAACGAAGCCACCCGAAGAAGCAGGUCCCCUGAUGCCGGUCAAGUGGCGCAGCAAACGAACCGUGUCCCUACGAUCUAUUGGAGUACGGCCUCCCGUAGCGUAUAAUACCAACAAUGCAUCACAGACGCUUGUCCGUCCAACGCCCAGCGGAACGACGGUCAAACCAACCGUCAAGACUAGGUUUGUAGCCGCCACCGACGAAGCAUCCGCGGUGGACCCUUUAACUAUCUCGGACUUUUCACGACUGCAACUCCAGGUUAAACUCGACCGUAAACAGCAAAAGCACGCCUCGCGCCUCGAAAAACUGGAAGACCGUCUCCAGGAUAAGCAGGGCUACAAGUCGUUGUGGAACGAUUACGAAAAGAUUCAGGAUGACUUGAGCUCCGUCGGAACCGAAGCAUCACUCGGAGCCUCCUCCGUGCACUCCUUUGAUUUGAAAAAGACCGAUUCGUGGUAUUUUGACUUUCAGGACGUCGAAUUUGCGUUCGAGUCGCAAGAACCGGACGAAGGUGUUUCACAAGCUAGCCGGUCCUUGCUCUCGGAAGCAUCCAUGGAAGCUCAAGUCGCCCUCUUUCGACGCAAACGUAAGGAACGCAAAAACAAGAAACGGGCCUUCGCCAGUUCUUCCCAGUCAGUCGAAGCGACUCCCGCGCCACAGAACCGCCGGGAAUUUUCCAGUUCUCGCAGUUUGGAUCCCGAAGCGACACCCAUUACACGCAACACAGUCCAAUCCGAUUACGGUCCCGUUCGGCGUCGACGCGGACUCCCGGUGACCGACAUGGAAGUGUCAUUUUCCAGCGAUCCCAAAAUUGUCCCCGGGGACGCCGGUUCCGUUGUAUCGGAUCUUGAAGACGAAAGUACAUGGAGUCUAGGAGACUACAAGGUAUCACGCCGACGUACACCUGGAUCUGGAUCAUCUCGCCAAGGCAGUCAGCAGCGGUUCCAUCUCGAUGCCACGCCAUCUAUUUACGGUAUUUCGCAAGACGACACAGCAUAUGAUAAGGAAGCUAUUCAGAAACGCAUUGAUCGGCUUGAAUCCGCUUUGUGCAGUAUGAAUCCGCCUGCUUCCAACGAGUCUAUCCAGACCGAAUCUCAAGUGGUCGCGCCGGUACAGCCCACUACCGGCAAAAUUCUUGCGGUGUCACCGCACGACGCUCCUGUAGUGAAGUUGUGGCCAUCCGAAAGUACAGAGUUGUAUACGCGCCAAAACUUGGGCUCUCCCGUGCCCCACAGGCAAUUAAUGGAUCGGUUCGAUCAAGUCGGGGACGUGACUCCCCGUUCUGCGAAUCAUAUGCCCACAGAAACAACUGUAAAGUCGUCGUUGCCGAUAAAGCCGUCAUCGGAGCAAGUUGUCUUUGAUUCGAAAGACCCGCACACAGGAAUAACUGAGUCCAUGGAGCAAGUUGAUUUAAUCCAAAGGAACGAACGCUCGGCGCCGGACAAGUACACCGACGCAACUGUAACCAUAAAAGUAGCACCGGCUACCGCGAAGCCAAAGCCUUCUCCAGAGCAGGCAAAUAAGCUCCAAAGGAUAUCUGCUUGUCUAUCGUUGGAAGGACCAAACAAUAUCAUCACUACAAAGAACACGAGCGUUGGACCCACAUGCCAUGGCAUCAGGUAUGCGCAGUCUCAAGAAUUUUGUUCGUCCGACAAAUCGAAUUUAUGUAAUCAGAAAGUUGCUUCUGCAGCCAUAUUGGAAACCCUGCCUUUCGCUGUAAAAGUAGAGCAGCAUGUUUGCCAGAACGAAGAUAAGAGGGAUACAGACGACACUGCCUACGCAAAAACAAGCGAUGCAACUAAUGUAGAGCGUCUUUUGGCCCUCGAGGAGACGGAGGAUUGGAUGGUUGAUACGGGUCUAUUGGAGGAGGAAGCAGAGGGCUCGAAAUCACUGGCGAUGAAGAAGCAAAAAGCAUUCGUUGUCUCGCGGGAAAAGCCUAAAUUGGCCGACCCUUUCCUCAAAAGGACAAAUGCUUUCGUUAUAUCGGAACGUACGUCAAUGACCGAGGAGGACGUUCGGUAUAAUCGAUGGACCCGAAAAUCCACUUCUGCUAAUGACGACUUUGCAAAGGCGGGCUCCGCUGAACAAAAGGCUUCGCAGUGUGGACGGGUUGAGUGCCUAGAAAAAAGAAGUGAUCCAGUAAUCACCGAACUGCCGAAUUUCACUAAAGUUGAUGAUGCAAAAAAAGCAUCAAGAGACUCACUUGCUACAUGCAAAGCCAACAUCCUUGCAACGCCUGAAGCAAUGGAUACUGCUCCAUUGAUGUCUGACAUGUAUGGAAACAACGCCAUGACCUCUAACCUAUCAAAGCAUUUGAGUAUCGACUGUCAAGCGAAAGACUUCACGCCGAAAACUCUUUUCAAUCCUCAAAUCGCCUCGAUGUCUACAGAAGAAUUUCUGCGCAUAAGCGAAGAUAAGAUGAUAGGGCGGGCUUCUCACAGGGAAGCAACUGAAUAUUCGUGCACCAGGACUUCAGUAGACGAAGCUGGCGGCACUCCUGAUUCCUCUCAAUCAUCCACAUUGAAAACGUCUCGAAGCCUCGUGUUGGCAGACAGGGUUGCACAUCAAGUCCAAGAGGUGCUGACAAAAUAUCGGUCGCUGGAAGUUCGACGAAAGGGAGAAUAA